CAAUAGAACAUCUUUUAGAAAAAAAGUAUUUAGAUUUUAAAAGUUGCAUCAUAUGGCACUUGUAUUAGAGGGAAAGUAUCCUUUGAGAAGUAAAAAAUAGCUCAAUGACUGCACCCAAAUUGAAGGAAGAUCUCUACAUUAACAACAGAUGGUGUGAGUUCUUCUGGUACUGGAGAAAUUUGCGUUUCACUUGCACAGAGUGCAGCAACCACACUUGCACGUUCACGUCGCCUUCUCGUCGACGAGACACACACGAGGGAUAGACAGUACAGUUGUCAUCAGGAUGGGUUGGAAACAGAUCAGGUGAAAUUGAAGGGGUCAUCGAUUGGUUCUGAGGGUUCGUCGGAAGGGUCAGGAGAGGCAAAGGAGGAGCCUACCGGUCUGAUUGGUGGGAAGGGAGCUUCAUGGGUGGAGGUAGCGCAGGAGAAGAAGGUGUUAAAGAAAUAUGAUGUGGAGAUAUCAAGCAAAGAUGGGGUUCACAUGGUGGAGAUUCCAGAUGAGGUUCUGGAGAAUCCGACGCCACUAUGGGAAGACUUCAUUGUUGGAAAGUUCUUGGACCUGGCUCCUCACGUAGCUAAGGUGCACAUGGUUCUCAACAAAAUAUGGAAGUAUGGCGACUCAGCUAUGAAGGUGGAUGUGUAUGAGGAAAACCCUACUACUAUGAGGUUUAAGGUAUCAAAUCAGAAAGCAAGGGAGAAGAUUCUGCGUCGUGGAAUGUGGAACAUUGCUGGAGUACCAAUGAUUGUCACUAAAUGGACCCCAAGUUCAGGGGAUGACAAGAAGGAGGAUGAAGCAAUCCCUAUGUGGGUGCAUCUGGAAAAGGUUCCUUUACAUAUGUACUCAUGGGAAGGUAUAAGUUUCUUCACUAGCACGGUUGGUGUUCCGGUAAAACUGCAUCCAGAAACCAUUGCUUGUACGAACCUUGAGGUGGCUAAGGUGUUCGUCAAUGUAGAUGUUUCAAAAACGCUGCCAAAGGAAAUCAAUUUUUCUAAGAAUGGGAAGCAGUUUGUAGUAAAGUAUUACUACCCAUGGCUUCCGGCAAGAUGUAAUUACUGUGAUAAGUGGGGGCAUGGAGAAGCGGUCUGUGCAGUGAAGGCAAAAGGGAAGAAGAGGACUGAGAGUACUCCAGUUGUGAUAUCAAAAUCACAGGAUAAGAAAGAGGAGAUUGAUAAAGAGGUGGAAACUGUUAACGUCUGUAUUGAUGAGGAAGUUGCUGUUGCUAAAUCACAUGAAGCUAAAAAGGGAACAGUCAAUGAAGAAGUCCCAAAGGUUCUACAAGAAGAGGAUAAGUGUGUGAGUGUGAAGGAUUCAAAUGCCUGGUCUCUUGUAUCUCCGGGGAAAAUAGGCAGACUCUCAGUUAGUUCAAACCAGAAGGAGCAGGGAGUCUUAAUAUCUGCUUCUAAGUUCUCAUUACUGAGCACUGAAGAAGAAAAGGAAGUUGAUAAAGAAGAUGGUGAAAUAAUUUCUGAAGAGCAGGUUCUGGAUGUUGAUGAAACUGAAGAGGAGGAGCUGAUAGAUAGAAGCUUAUUGGAUCAGCAAAUAAGAGAGGAGGUAAAAGUGGGAAGACGUGGUCGCAAGCCUAAAGCUCUGGAUGCAAAUCCAGUGAGCACUAGGACUAAGCGACAAAAACAUUAACAUGUCAAGCUUCUUCUGGAAUGUUCGUGGAUUCAACAAAAAUAUUAAGCAAUCUGCGGUACAAGAGUGGGUAAGAAGAAACAAUAUGCAAUUUGGAUGUAUCUUGGAAACUAGGGUGAAGGAGAAAAAGGCUGAGAAUAUUUUGAAAAAAGUGUUUAAAGAUUGGUUCUACUUGACUAAUUAUGAGCACAGUCAAGGUGGGAGGAUUUGGUUUGCUUGGAAGGAUGAGGUUUGUGUGACUCCGGUGCUCAAGACGAAUCAGUUUAUCACUUGUUCUAUUGGAUUACCAAAUCAAGAAGAGUUUUUCUAUACCAGUGUUUAUGCUAGCAACUCGUUGGAGGAGAGAAAGGAGUUGUGGUCUGACCUUUGUCUUC